GAGAGACCAUCUCGCUUCACCUUACUCGCCGCCGCUUCCUCCUCCGGUAAGGUUCAGAAAUGGCCACCGUCACUACCAAUGCUUCACCUAAGUCAUUCUCCUUCUCUUUUUCCAAUCCUCUCAAAUCCCUUAUCCCUACCAAGUCACCAUCUCUCUACUAUCCACCUCGCAACACGAACCAUCACCGUCUAGGUUUAUCAGUAAACGCUUCCGUAUCAUCACCACCUUCAAUCGCAACCGCGAAUGCUCCUUCACCGGAUUACAGAGUCGAGAUCCUCUCCGAAUCUUUACCCUUUAUCCAAAAAUUCCGAGGAAAAACCAUAGUUGUCAAAUACGGCGGCGCAGCCAUGACUUCGCCGGAGCUGAAGUCCUCAGUCGUAAGCGAUCUUGUACUCCUCGCGUGCGUUGGUCUUCGUCCGAUCCUUGUUCACGGUGGAGGCCCUGAUAUCAACCGUUACUUGAAACAGCUCAAUAUCCCAGCUGAGUUCCGUGAUGGACUUCGUGUGACAGACGCCACUACAAUGGAGAUUGUCUCUAUGGUUUUAGUCGGAAAGGUUAACAAGAAUCUUGUUUCGCUUAUCAACGCCGCCGGAGCUACCGCUGUGGGGCUAUCUGGACACGACGGUCGUCUUCUCACUGCACGCCCUGUUCCCAAUUCAGCUCAAUUGGGUUUCGUUGGUGAAGUUGCGAGAGUAGAUCCAUCUGUAUUGCGUCCGCUUGUUGACACCGGUUAUAUUCCAGUGAUUGCCUCUGUUGCUGCUGAUGAUUCUGGUCAAGCGUACAACAUCAAUGCAGAUACGGUGGCUGGAGAACUCGCUGCUGCGCUUGGAGCUGAGAAACUGAUUCUGCUGACCGAUGUGGCUGGAAUCUUGGAGGAUAAAGAGGAUCCGAGUAGCUUGGUGAAGGAGAUUGAUAUAAAAGGAGUGAAGAAGAUGAUUGAAGAUGGUAAAGUUGCUGGUGGGAUGAUUCCUAAAGUCAAGUGUUGUAUAAGGUCUCUUGCUCAGGGAGUUAAGACAGCGAGUAUUAUUGAUGGAAGGAGACAACAUUCGCUGCUUCAUGAGAUUAUGUCUGAUGAAGGAGCUGGAACUAUGAUUACUGGAUAACUUUGCUAUAAGGGGUGAUCGAUCAUCAAAAUCAAAGUUGAGGUUUUUGUAUUUGAUUAUGCCAGUGUUUGUUCAUUAGAAUGUGAACUCUGUUCUAUAAAAUUAUGAUAAUUUCUGAUUAGUCUUAAAAAGACAAAAUUUUCAGCAGCAGUUUUUUUUUGUUUGCAUAUGCAACUUUGAUGAUCGUCUAUAGUCUUAGAAAGUUUACAUUUUUGGAGACAAUAAAGUUCAAUGAAUAAACUGUUCUACGGA